AUGAUGGAGAGAGGCGUGAAGAAGAAAUGUCUCUUACUUAGGUGGGAGCAACUGAAUUGCUUAGCGAACGAAGAACGUCUCAACGAUGAUCAUGUUGAUCGUGCGAGGUCGCUACUCACUCGACAUGUCUGUAAUGUCAUCUUUUACUCGGUUAACUAUUCUCCGGAUUGUGCUUUAUCAAUGUACAUGACCUUUAAGACAACACCUCCUAUUACGAUUGAAGAACGUAGACGCAGAGUAGCGCAAGCAUCUAGACGCGCACUAGAAGAGGAAGACUUAAUAGCUGAAGAGAUAGACGCAAUAUUAGACGAGAUAUUCUCACAUGAUGAGAUCACCACCGAUGUCCAGUUUAGACCGGCAAGUAAGGUUGUGGUUGAGUCCUUGCCAAGGAAAGUAUACAAGAAGACAACGUCGACGUCAAGUUCCGACAUGUGCACAAUUUGUUUGAGCGAAUUUAAUACAGGAGAAAGUGUCCUGACAUUACCUUGUGGACACGAGUUUGAUGAUAGCUGUAUCCUCGAGUGGUUUUCCGCCAAUCAUGUUUGUCCAUUGUGCCGUUACAAGCUACCACGUGAAAAGCAGGUGAAACGAGCCUUAGAAUUUGAUUCAGGGAUUUAA